AUGCGAAUAGUGGCUUCAAACCCUGCCAAAGCUGGCUUAGGCCAAACAACGCUGCCCCUCAUCCCUGACGACCUGAGAUCCGUGUCGCACCAUAAUCUUGCGUCCCCGUCCGACCGGCGAGGUACUCGCACCGCCCAGUCCACCCCCAUGCACAGCCGCGAAUCCUCAGCCGUCCGUGGAAGAGCCGUUGACCCGUCCACACUCGCUCCCAUUCAACCUAGGCGCGGCCAUUCCGGUUCCAAGAGCCCCGAUGUACCGGGGAGUCGGCCAGGAUAUGAAGGGGGCUUAGAACGACGACCGUCCAAUUCCUACGGGCACCACCGGCAGACCUCGAUCGUCCACGGCGUGCAACAUUCUCGCAACACAAGCAUGGCUGGGUCGACCGCCUCCAACAGUCCUCUGAGUCCGGAGCUCAUCGCGUCUCUCGGACGCGGGGCAUUUGACGAGGCCACGCUGCCGGCGAAGUUUGAUCCUCUCGAGACGCACUCUGGCUACCAGACGCCCGCGGGGACAUCCGCAGUAUCCGCCGGCCAUGGCGUGCCGCCAAUCCUGAGCCCAAUCAAAGAUACCGAUAGAGAACCCAUGGAUACGAGUCCCGCGGCCCUACUGCAUAAGCGAAUGAAUUCGGGAGGGAAAGCGCGGCGGGAGAGAUCACACAGUCGCUCGCAGUCGAAACAUUCGGAAUCAAAGACGGUUGGGGAAUAUGCUUUGCACCAUUUGUUCAACUCGUUUGUUGGACAGGCGGACAGCAAAAUCAAUCAAGCCAUCAUGAAGUUGGGAGACUCUCAAGCUCCUGUGGAAGAGGUGUGCGGCCCUGGGGCGGACCCAACAUUCGACCAAUUGAUUUCAGCACUGGGACACAUCGCUCGACAGAAACCGAAACCGUUGAUUGAUACAAUCAUGUUUUGGCGUAAAGCCAAAGGAGAUGCGGCCAUCACUGCACGACAGAUGACGACCGACCAGAAACCCUCCCCCGCCACGGAGAAUGGUCCCUUACUGCGUCGUAAUACCGAGCCCACCCAGCCCAUGGACCCUACAGCCGCAGCGGAGCGCUCGCAACCCUCGGCGCCCUUCGUCAGUCGCCCCGACGAUGUUGCUCUGGUCGAGAGACGGGCGACAGUCUCGGUCUAUUUAGUUUGUAGAGUUCUGAUCGAGAUCUUCAACCAGAGUAGCUUGGCCUCAAUAACCCUUGACAUGGCGGAUCGCCUGGAAGACAUCGUCUUCGGCCAAGUGAAAACUUCCGACCCUGACCAGAUCUCAGCAUCCCCACUACGUAUGGCAAAUUGGAGAAUAUACGGCCAGUUAUUAGGCAUCAUGAGCGAGUCCAACUUCUCCAAUGUCUCGGGACGCUUCCUGGCGGAGCUGGACCGUUAUCAGAAAGAGGAAGCAGCCCGAGGGCCUUCUCGUGAUGGGGAUUCCAAGGCUGAGUUGCUAAUUCUCUGCAUGAGAUACCUGCGCUUGCCUACUUCGCCAGAAGGAUGGCCCAAAUCCUGUGACUUUAUGCGCUCUCUGGCACGCUUGUUCGUCAAUGCUCACGGGCAGCGCAUCAAGCAGGCCUACUGUUACGUGAUUGAGAAAUUACUGCUGCCCAUCGCGGCCAAUCCCAGUUGUGAUCUUUCGCUGCCUCGCUGGAAGGAGUUCGUUGACUUGGUCCAGCCGCGCCUAGCCCAACUCCUUACCAAGCCACGCCAUUGGGCCUCUUCAUUCUCGCUAAACGUGCUGUUACUUUGUAUUUCCAACAAGGAUACAUUCUCCUCUCAAUGGCUACCAAUGAUAUCGAGCUUACCUGCCCGGUUAAAGGACCGGCCAACUCGCGCCCCGGCGCUCCACGCAAUCUGCCGGCUGGUCUGGACUUACUUCUUCCGUUUCUCUGACUCCCCAACGACCACACUUCGCAAGGUCGAAGAAGUGGCAAAAAUCGCCCUACCCACCGGCCGGAGAACGUAUCUUAGCGCAGAGCCGGUCUUUGCCGAUCCGUUGAUCCAGCUGAUUCAAAUUAUCGGUUUCAAGCACCCGGAUGUUUGUUUCCGUAAUAUCAUAUUCCCCUUGAUCAAUUCCGAUCUUUUCUUGUCAGGCAAGGAGUUGAGGAUAGAGCAGAUGGAGCCCGAAAAGAUGGUCAUCGGAAUCCGAGCCUUCUUAGCUACCAUGUCGGACCUGGAAACAAGUGACCAGCUGUGUCCCCCGAUUCCCACUGGCUCGCUGCCCAACCCAUUCACGGAGGCCUCGACGCCCCUGUAUUUCCACCGCCCUCAGUUACUCAAGGAGCACACUAUAGUAAACAAUGCCGAAAAGCAAGACCCAACCUCAGGGCAACCAGUCAACACAGCAAGACUGAGUGAGAAUGUGAAAGAAUAUUACUUUCGAUUCUGUGAAGUCUUGGGAAAGAUCACGCUGCUCUGUGAUAACACGUUUGGCGGGCAAGCAGUGCUGGACGAAAAGUUCAGUGGAACUACGCCCAAAACGCCUAUCUCAGAAGCUUUCAGCUUCGGGCGUCGUGAUGACCAUGUUACCACUUUGGAUCAGAAGCAAGGGUUCUACGACCUCCUCCACGUGGCGGUCCAGGCUCUACCACGCUGUCUUUCCGACCACAUUCCUUUCAACUCGCUCAUCAACCUACUCUGCACGGGCACUGCGCAUGUUCAGUCUAACAUCGCGACUUCCUCGGCCCAGUCUCUGAAGGCCAUCGCACGGCAGUUACAUGCCCAGCAGGUUACGAUCGGAUUCGCUAGAUUCAUCUUCAACUUCGAUGAGCGUUAUUCUACCAUGUCAGACGAGGGAAUGCUUGGUCCAGGACACAUUGAAUCUACUCUGAGGCUCUAUGUUGAGCUUUUGCAGAUCUGGAUCAAUGAGAUUAAAGAGAAAACCAGAGGCGCAGCAGCGAUGGACCAACUGGAGCGGUCUAUAUCUGGCAGUCGCGCACUCCACCUUGAUUUGUCCAGCGUCCUUGCACACGUGGAAGAAAUUGAGUCACACGGUCUCUUCUUUUUGUGUUCGCAAUCGAGACGAGUGCGUGCGUUUGCUAUCACGGUCCUGCGCCUGAUAACCGAAUUUGACAGCGCUCUCGGGAAAGAGAACACCCGCAUCAUUCGGAUUCUCGAGGCUGAUUCUCAGCAGAUCCUAGAUGUCAACGAUGAACAUCUGACGGUUGCUGAGCGAAGCCGGAUCCAGAAAGGGAAACGACGGAGCGCCUCGCAAAACACUCUUAUCGAGCUGUGUAGUAGUGAAGUAUCCUACGACUCAACUUUGUGGGCCAAGGUCUUCCCAAACAUCAUUCGUGUCAGCUUCGAGACUUGUCCCUUUGCCGUAACUCUGGGAAGGGAGAUUGUAUGUGCACGCCUCGUUCAGAUGCACAAACUUAUUACGCAUUUGGCCGAGAGCGUACGAUUCCCUCAAUACGGCCAACUAGAUGUAUAUCAGCCCCGCCCCGCUGGCAGAAGCAAUGUGACAUCCGAGAUCCUUGUCGAGCAAUGGAAGCUUUACUUGGUCAUGGCUUGUACCACUGUCACCAACGUUGGGGCUCAGUCCCAAAGCCAGCUGGCGAAUGCCCAACAUGCCCGCAAAGCUUCCAAGGGAGCCCACCAGUCUCAAGACAAGAUCAGCUCCGCCCGAAGCUUGUUUGCCUUUGUUAUUCCUCUACUUUCUGCCGAGCGAGAUUCCAUCCGCAGCGCCAUUGUGGUGGCUUUAGGCUCCAUCCACAAAAACCUAUAUCGCACUCUUCUUGAGUCGUUGCAGUACGCUGUCACCACGUGUAACGAAGAAGCAAAGAUGCGAAUCGGGAACCACUUCCGCAGUCCCAGUAGCCCUCGCCGGAACAGGAAGACGGAUCGUCUGCGGACAGAAGUCACCAACGUCUACAAACUCACUUCUCACUUCCUCCAGGAACCAGAGGUCUACAACGAGGACUGGAUCGUGAAUAACAUCGUCACUUACGCGAAGGAUAUUCGAAUCUUCCUGAGUGACGCCGAGGUUCAGAACGACUGGGAAUUCCAGCGCCUGCGCUUUCAUUACUGUGGGUUGAUGGAGGAACUCUUCGAGGGAGUCAAUCGCGCCAAGGACCCAUCUCGCUGGAUGCCCUUCGAAGCUCGAAAAUCGGCAUUUUCCCUGAUGGAAGACUGGUGCGGAUACUCACCCAAUCAAGCUAAAAUUUCAGAGAGGGAAGAGAACAUGCGCAAGUUUGCUAUGGCGCAGCCGCACGAGACUGGCGAGAUGCGAAACACUGCUGCUGCUAUGGAAAUUGAAAAGAAGAACCUCCGCGCGGCGGCCUUGGGCGCAAUGGCUUCCCUGUGCGCUGGGCCCAUCAGCAUCACUACCGAAAGUGGCUCGGUUCUUCAGUUCGACGUCAGUCGCAUGCUUUCAUGGCUUGAAAUCAUCUUCAACACCGUCACUGACAAAUGGCACGCCAUUGGUCGCCGGGCACUCAAAAAUUUGAUCAUCCACAACCAGGAACACUCGUACUUGAUGGAGCGAUCGAUUGAAAUGUGCUACGUAACGGAGCGGCCCAAGAUAAUUGAGAGCUACAUCGAGGUAGUCAGUCAGGUGCUUUUCGAGUACCCGGAUUACCCUCUCAGAUUUUGGAGAAUUUUGGGGGCGGUCUUGGUGACCUUGGGCAACGAAAAGCGGGAGAUUCGAAUGAAGUCUGCAAAACUUCUGCGGAAGCUUGAAGAACGACAGCAAAAGAAUUCCCGACUUCAAGACUUUGAUAUCAGUAUCUCAGACAAGACCACCGCGGUGUACAAACUUGCCCAAUUCGAGAUUUCGAAAAGACUAGCAAGCCAGCACUCCGACUUGGCUUUCACUAUCUUCUCCGAGUUUUCCUUGCAUUUCCGCAAUCUCCAACCCGACAGCCAGCGUAACAUGGUUGCCGCUAUCCUGCCCUGGGUUCAGACAAUGGAGCUCCAGGUUGACCCCAAUGGUGGCCCCACAGCCAAGUCAUACAUGUUGCUGGCGAAUUUGUUCGAGAUCACCAUUCGCUGCAGCACAACUCUACCAAACCAGGUACAAGCGCUGUGGCAGGCCUUGGCGACAGGGCCUCAUGGGGGCAAUGUGCAGCUGGUCCUUGAUUUCAUCAUCAGCAUAUGUCUGGAGCGCAAAGAGCAGAAUUUCGUGGAGUACGCUAAACAAAUGGUCGUCUUCCUGUCUGGCACGCCGGCUGGAUCGAAAGUCAUCGAGUUCUUCAUGUUGCAGGUUGUGCCUAAGAACAUGGUGCAAGAACGCAAAGAUUUGACUCCACCUCCUGCAGAUAUCACCAGCCUACCAUACGUCGCAGACCUUGGGACGGUUCUCCCCGUCGGAAACAAGCAAGCGGGUCUGUCUCUUGGACAGGUGGCGCUGAUAUUCCUCGUUGACCUCAUGGUUACCCCGGUCACUUUGGCCCUCGAAGACGUUGUCAAACUCAUCCACAUUGUCCUCAUUCUGUGGGAUCAUUAUACAGUCACUGUGCAGGAACAAGCCCGAGAGAUGCUGGUCCACCUCAUUCACGAACUGAUUGCGGCGAAACUCGAGGAUGAUGCCCCUGCUGGUGCGCGACAAGCCGUAGAAGACUUUGUGGAAUCAAUUCGCAAGAGUGACCCUGCUGUUGUCUGGGAGUAUGAAGAAAACCAUGGCAAGGAUGAAGAGUCUGACGAUCGUCGCGUGCCUGCUUCUAUGGCCUCUGUCACUCGUGACGUUGUCAAAUUCUUCAGCUUUGCCUAUGAAGGUGUUGGUGACCUGUGGGCCAAGGAAGCGUUGAACUGGGCCACAUCAUGCCCAGUACGACACUUAGCCUGCCGGUCCUUCCAAAUCUUCCGUUGUAUUUCGACGUCUUUGGAUUCGCGAAUGCUCGCAGACAUGCUCGCCCGGCUCUCAAAUACCAUUGCAGAUGAGGAGACAGACUACCAAACAUUCUCAAUGGAGAUCCUCACCACCUUGAAGAUCAUCAUCAGCUCCCUAGCUCCCUCUGAUCUCUUGAAUUACCCUCAGCUGUUCUGGACGACUUGCGCCUGUCUGAACACAAUCCACGAGACAGAGUUUACCGAGAGUAUCGGUAUGCUUGACAAAUUCCUCAGCCGAGUCGAUCUCGGCGAUCCAGCAGUGGUGGCCAAGCUCCUCGAGGGUCAGCCACCUAAGUGGGAAGGCGGGUUCGAUGGCCUACAGGACCUCGUCUUCAAGGGAAUGAAAUCAUCAGACUCUUUUGAUCGAACACUCGAUCUCCUGCAUACCCUGAGUGGUCUGCCCAACAACAGCCUCAUUGGGGACGGAACCCGCCAACUAUUCACCGUGCUGGCCAAUUUGCCCCAUUUCCUUCAGUGCUUCGAAAAAGGCUUCAGUGACCCCAAACCCAUCGAGCGUGCUAGCCUACUCGCGCGGGUUGCCGAGAGUGAGCGCUGCCCCCGCCUGGCAGCUUCGUUGUUCGGGUUCGCGAAUCAGCAGUACAAGACGGCUGGCGUCUUUCUCGAUCAUAUCAUCACCGAGAUCAAGUUGUACUAUUUCCCCCAGCUGGAUUUCCAGUGCCUGAUCUUCCUCAUGGGUCUUUUGACAAACACCACAGAUUGGUUCCGUGUCAGAGUGAUGCGGAUUCUUUGUGUUCUGAUUCCGGAGGUGGACAUGAGACGCAACGAAGUAACGUGUCAUGGCCCCGAUUUGAUCUCCCCGUUACUCCGGCUUUUACAGACCGAGCUCUGCCCCCAGGCCCUCGAGGUCCUAGACCAUAUCAUCACCGUUUCCGGGAACCCUAUGGAGCGUCACCAUCUCCGUAUGAGUAUGGCAUCCUCAGCAUCCUCUCGCGCUAUCCGCAAAGAGUACGAAAGAAUCCAGAGUCUUUACGGCAUUCCCGAACCCACCGGUUGGUCGGUUCCCAUGCCCGCGACUCAGUCAAGCAUGACUCGGAACAAUGUCCACGCUGUAUUCUAUACCUGUGUUGAGGCUGAAGAUAUGCAAAAUGAGGAUGUGAUGACUCCGGAUGUUGCCUUCCAUGCAGAUGAGUACAACAGCAGCGAUUCAUUCUUCCCCAUGAGAGCCGAUACCAUGAAAUCGAUCGACACGCAGACCGAUGGAAAUAUUGGAGAUCUGGUGCAGAAGCUGGAUAGCUUGGAUGACUUCUUUGAGGAGACCGACCCUGCAACCCCGGUUCUGAAUCCCGUCGCCCCUCCGAUGUUACGAGGGUUCACAGGCAGCUACGUGGUAGAUACGAACGCCCAUCUGUACGAUCAACAGACUGCGCCAAUUUUACGCAAGUCCCUCGCUCGCACGGGGUCUACAUCCUCGUUCCAUAAUGGCCUCGCCGAGUCUCGUCCGCCAAACUUCCGCUUUGAUGGCCCGGCUCCAUAUUCUCCAAUCAGUGCAGUCCCACAAAAUACCACACAGCUGCUACGCCCGACUUCCCACACCCGCUCCGUCACUUCCCCUGCCAACAACCUCUACCUCCACACCGUGCCUGGCGCACCCAACACCACACCAGCCCCUGGACUAGGCGAUUCCGCCUUCAUGUCGGAUGAGGAGCCGGAUGAUGCACAUUCGGAUCUAGAAGAACGCCCAGUGACCAAGCGAUUACAUCCAAUGCCCGCCCCCAUGGUCCGUAGCGCUACUGACGGGCCACAUUCCCUGGAGUCAAUGAUCCGCAGCGGCAUGCGGAGACUGACUGGUGGUGCCGCUAACAGAGAGAAGGAACGGCAGCGGGAUCACCUCCGUGCGCAGCAUCGCGCUGUGACACAAACCGCUAGUUCACCCCGUGUGCCCAAGGUGCCUGAAGAGUAUCUCUCGGCGCCAACCAGCCAUCCGGCAUCACCUAGGUGA